UCAUUCAUUCAUUCUGUAGUUUAGGUUCGUUUCGUUUGGGUGCGUUUACGUUUUACAUUUUUAUUCCGAUCACAAUUUUAUAACGAUUUUGACUAUUGUUGACUGGUUUAGUAAAACACAAAGUGCCUAACAUAAAUAACGAUGUCUCGGAAGGGCUUACAAGAGUUUGAAAUAGAUACAAAACCUUCGAAAAAGACAUCCAAACAGAAGUUCAACGACUUUUUCUACAAUGAAGAUACUGGUGCUAUUUUGGGGAGAACACCACAAAGUUGGGCGAAAAUACUGGUGUUCUACACAAUCUUCUACGCUGCGCUCAUAGCGUUAUUCUCCAUCUGCAUGGUGACGUUCAUGCAGCAGUUCAUCAACCCGCGCGUGCCGCGGCUGCAGCAGGACUACGGGCUCAUCGGCACCAGCCCCGGCCUCGGCUUUCGUCCGCUGCCCGAGGAUGUAAGGAGCACGCUGAUAUACUACAAGGGCACCGGCUACGACAGCUACAAGUAUUGGGAGAACCAGCUCAUUGAUUUUCUGUCAGUGUACAAGAAGAAGGGUCAGACAGCGGGCGCAGGUCAGAACAUCUUCAACUGUGACUUCCGCAACCCGCCCCCGCACGGCAAGGUGUGCGACGUGGACAUCCGCGGCUGGGAGCCCUGCAUCGAUGAGAACCACUUCUCCUUCCACAAGUCCUCGCCUUGCAUCUUCUUGAAGUUGAAUAAGAUCUACGGCUGGCGUCCAGAGUUCUACAACGACACGGCGAACCUGCCCGAGGCCAUGCCUGUAGACCUGCAAACACACAUCCGUAACAUUACCGCCUUCAACAGAGACUAUGCAAACAUGGUGUGGGUGUCGUGCCACGGCGAGACGCCGGCAGACAAGGAGAACAUCGGGCCGGUGCGCUACCUGCCCUACCCGGGCUUCCCCGGCUACUUCUACCCGUACGAGAACGCCGAGGGGUAUCUGAGCCCGCUGGUCGCCGUGCAUCUCGAGAGGCCGAGGACCGGCAUAGUGAUCAACAUCGAGUGCCGCGCGUGGGCCCGGAACAUCAAGUACGACCGCCGGGAGAGGCUCGGAGUCGUGCACUUCGAGCUCAUGAUCGAGUAGACCACGGUAGACCAGAGUAGACCACAGUAGACCACGGUAGACCAGAGUAGACCACAGU